GUCUGGCAGACGCACGACAUCCUCCUCCCAUAUCUGUCGAAACGACAGCCGCUAUCUGGCACUUGCGGCGGCGACAGGACUCGCAAAACACCAGCGACUGACACGGUCUGGCCCUGUCGGUCUGUUGUCAAGCGCCGCCUGUCGGCUCGGGCCACGAUUUAUCGCGUCACCAUUGUUUCGAGUAAUGUCUCCGAGUUUGUCGCGACGCCAGGCGUUGAUCAGAUAGGCUGCGAUAGCCGAAGAAGAGCAUUGGGAUAUACACAGCGCGACCAGAAACGAGCGGCUCGUGUCGGUGUUUUACCAUCUGGAAGCGCCUCGGGGGUGUGGAUCUGCCUUGAUCUAUAAGUCGGACAGACUGGUGUCUGACCGAGAUGAGCUACGGUCCUGGUUACGGAGCGCCUCCGGGCUUUCUCUCGCAGGACUCCUAUCCGGGCCUCCAGAUAUACCCACAGCCGGCACAGCCUGUCCAGCAAGUCGGAUCGACCAGCGCCCAUGGCGCCGAAGAAGGGGCACAGCCUUCCUUCGAGUAUCUUCACACAGCCAUUCCUGGCUUGGGCUUGGGCUUUGCCGCCAGCGGGCCGGCGCCAACCCAGCAAACGGAGAGUGCCUGGACGAACGCGCCUUCAAACUCGCAACGAACAGCUUCCCAUGCGGAGCAAGCAGGUGCGAGUGCACCUGUAAAGCUGGGCAGCCCGGCUGAUGGUGGGUCAGAGGAGGGCGAAAUCAGCGACGGAGAGGCAGAAGACUUGUAUGAGCCGCCCGAGGUCGGAAAUGACGAGACCCUUGCCGCCUGGCCGUACGGUGGUACAAACGUAGGUGAACGCGUUGUGGCAGCGACCGGUCAGCCGCAAGCCCACAUCCACGCGGCUCGCGAACGUUCAGGCUCAUACUCUCCCUAUCUUUCACCCCGAGAAAUUGACCGCGAAGGCUCUUCAGCCUCCUGUGCACCCCAAGGCAAUUCGCCUUCACGUACCUCUGCAGCCCCGAACUCUAGCGCGAAAACGCUCGAUUCUGUUAGGAAGCAAGCCCGGGAGGCCAUUUUGCGCUUGUGGCCUCUCGACGUCCGGUAUCACAACUACAUCGACGAGGGCAUUGAUAGCACCUUGUUGCAAGCCCUUUUCAAAGACCUGGGUCUGGAGCUUCCGUCCAGCAGCCUGGCAGCGAAUUCUCGUUUCAAAACGGGCGGUCACAUCCAGCCAACGCCCGUGCCUGACCGUGGAGAGGGAGAAAAGACGUCACCAAAUUCGGCACCGGCCGCGAAGGCUAUGAAUAAAUCCGAAGAGCGCAAGGACCGGAUAGCUCGACUUCUGGCUGCGAAAGGCUCGAAGGCGAGUGCUCCGCCAACCAAGUCAAGUGCUGUGCCACUGGCAGACAACCAAUCCGCGACCAUGAAGAAACUGUCCGAAAAGUCCAAAAUACUUCGGGAGAAGAUGGAAGCGCUGAAGAAACAGAGAGAGGCUCUGGCCCAAACACGCAUUCAGCAGGCCGCAUCAAACGGCUCAACAGUCCCUCCACAGGACUUCGAGGUGACCAUGGACGAUGCCACAGCCGCUGUGGCUGCUAGCGGAGGCUUGCAAACAUCCGUCUCUGAGGCCCAUGAACCCGCAGGACUAUCGGGCCAACCCUCUCCGUCGUCAAUACCUGGACUGUUUCUGUCCACUCCCAAGCCCACUUUGCAAGAUCAAGCUGGCCUGCCCGACUCAAUGACGCCCCGCACGACUAACCUGGUUGCAAAGGAAUCUCACAGACCCUUUGGUCAGGCUAGGGAGUCGCGCCCUUUCUUGAUUCAUGUCAGUGAUGACGAGGACGAUGAGGACGACGAAAACGGUGACGCGGGAAUGGAAAUAGACUCGCCUGGCCUUGUCGCAUCACCUGUCCAGCACAGUGGUAUCUCCCCGCAUCUGCCGCCCCGCAAAGUAGCUGCUUUGUCUGGCUCCAGCCGUCGUUCGGCGUCGGCGCUGACUCCUGCGAGAAAUUCGGGCAACAGCAGUGGUGGAGAAGACCUCGACAGCAUGAAUAAGAAGAUUGAAGCAAUGAAACGCAAGAUUGCAGAGGCGGAGGCGCGCAAGGCGAAGCGCUCCCGACAGGUGUCACCCAUGGGCUCGCAACAGAACAGCAGCUCCCGCGCCGACAGUGUCGAGUCGUCAAGCACCCCCAUGGAGGCGAUCACUGGACGCGAGCUCACGAAUGGGAGCCGCACUCCGGUCAGCGACUCGGCGAUGGGUGCUACCCCGACUUCCAUGCCUGCCAACAGAACAGCGCAAUUUGAAGGUGCCGAGUUCGCUGUGCCCGCAUCUGAGCGGCGCGGUCGUUCUCGUGCGGCCAGCGAGCGUCUUCCCCUUCUUGAGGCUCGUCGUAGGGAGCAGCUUCUCAAGCUGAAGACGCUGCAGGCUCAGAUCGCUGUCAUCGAACAGGAGAUUGAAGAGGGCAGAGCUGAGGAGGAGAGACUCAUGAGGGACCUUGCCAUGCCUGACUUGGACCACGAGCUUCAACAAUUUGAAUCACCGUCCACACCCCCUGCUGGUCAGUAUUCGCCAAUCUUCAGCCGAUAACGGAGCGCAGAGAAGCUACCGGUUGCCUAUUCGAGGCCGGGCAAGCUAACACUCCGGCGCAGAUGCUCAGAGUUUGGCCGAUCAGGCGCCGGAACAGGUCAUGAUGGACCAGCCUGAGGUAUACGGCGUCGUGGGCAAGGGGGCCUCUCAUAACGAUGUCCAAGCACUGAUCGACGAGCAACCGCGCGCCGCGAGCGUAGGAGGCGAUGCCCCUCCGCUUGAGGCACAAAGGGGCGAAACUGGCCGAUAUUCUGACGAUGAUACGGGCGCCGUGGUGCAGGAGGUGGAAGAGGACACUCAGACGGGAGAACACGAGCGUGACGUGGACAUGGCAGAUGCGAGCGAAUCCCCCGAUGACGCUCCGGACAAUGAGUCGGACGACUACGAGCCCCCAGUCGCCGGAGCUGCCAGGGUGGAGGCUCUGGCUUCCCCCAUCCAGAGCCACAACAACAUUGUGGAGCAAGCGAGCGCGUCCUCCACAAACGAUGUUCAGCGUACAACGCCUGUGUCUUCCACCGCUGAACAGGUCCUGCCGGCCCGGCCCGACACCGCGAUCGUGGCAGGAAGAGAAGUAGAAAUGUCACCGCCAACGGACCACGAUGCUGGACAUCUAACGUUGCACCAGGUCCAGCCUGAAGCCGCGAGCUCGGCGCCGCCCGCCCCCCGCUCGACUUUUGUCCCAUACGAAACGCCACUGCAGUACUUUCACUCGUAUCGGUUCCAUCCCGGCUACCGACAGUCGGUAGGCGGUGGGCUCCGUUCUCUAACGUACAGUAAUAAGAUUGAUGCGCGAAGGGAGGUUUGCCCCGACCAGCUUGCCGGCAGAUCGUGCCCUCGGGGUGACAAGUGCGAGUACCAACACUUUGAGACGAUGAGGGUCGCAGACGACCAGAUCCUGCUCCAGUUGGGAGGCACGGGAAACUUUGACGAUGAACAGAAGCAGCAGUACAUAGCGGGCCUGCGUGAGCUGCUGACAGACUUUCGAAACCGCAAGGUAAAAGACUUCAACACGAUCAGCCAAGGCAUCGUCGAUUAUCGCGCCCGCUUCCAGAGCGACAAAUCCAAGAUCUUGCCGCUCGGCAACGUCUCCAUCUGACGGCACACCGUCAGUUGGUUGGCAGCGACGGCACCUUUCUUGGGCGCGACUGGGGGUGACUGGGCGCUCCUUGCCAGGGCAUCUGCGUCGUGCCACCCGAUGAUGUAUUAUCUAACCGGACUCCCUCCACCUGGCGUUUGGGCGCCGCAUUGCUAUUCCAUCUCAGCCAUGCAUCCUGGCGGUACAUAUCACGUAAUAACUCAAGAUACCCCUUGACGCCGCCUUUGGCCCUUUAUCGAGGGCGAUGCGACGGUUGUCGAAUAAUCCGGAGGAUCUCAGAAUGAGGCAGCUGUAAGAGCGCUUGCACGCGAGAGGACGGAGCCGUCACGGCUCGUGACGGCUGUUGGCUUGAGUUGCUCGUGGACGUAGCUUGGUGAAGCCGUGUCGCACGCAACGCACAACGGGCGGUAGUUGCGAAUUGAGUCUAUUUUCCACGA